AUGGGUGUCCUGGAGAGGAUCAAGGAGAUCGAGCUGGAAAUGGGGCGCACGCAGAAGAACAAAGCCACAGAAUACCAUCUGGGUCAGCUCAAGGCGAAACUAGCUCGUCUGCGAACACAGCUGCUCGAACCAGCCAAGGGUUCGUCAGGGGCGGGCGAGGGGUUUGAGGUGACCAAGUUUGGGCACGGGCGAGUGGCACUCAUCGGCUUUCCUAGCGUGGGAAAGUCCACCCUCCUCACUGUCCUCACUGGCACGCGCUCAGAGGCGGCCGCGUACGAGUUCACCACGCUGACGUGCAUCCCUGGGAUCAUUAAUUACAAUGAUACUAAGAUUCAGCUGCUGGACUUGCCGGGGAUUAUCGAGGGCGCGUCUCAGGGCAAGGGGCGCGGGAGACAGGUCAUUGCAGUCGCCAAGUCAUCUGAUCUCGUGCUCAUGGUGCUCGAUGCCUCCAAGACCGAGGCCCACCGUCAGAUUCUAACCAAGGAGCUCGAAUCCGUGGGGCUGCGUCUGAACAAGCAGCCGCCCAAUAUCUACUUUAAGAAGAAGAAGACGGGCGGCAUUUCCUUCAACUCCACGGGCCCUCUCUCGCACAUAGAUGAGAAGCUGUGCUACCAGAUUCUGCACGAGUACAAGAUUCAUAACGCUGAGGUGCUAUUCCGCGAGGACAGCACGGUGGACGAUCUCAUCGACGUGAUUGAAGGAAAUCGCAAGUACAUUCGGUGCCUCUACGUGUACAACAAGAUUGAUGUCAUGGGCAUAGACGACGUUGACAGGCUGGCGAGACAGCCGCACUCAGUUGUGAUUUCUGCUAAUCUCGAGCUGAACAUGGAUCAUCUGUUGGCGCGCAUGUGGGAGGAGAUGGGUCUUGUGCGAGUCUACACCAAGCCACAGGGCCAGCAGCCCGACUUUGCUGACCCUGUCGUGCUCUCCACCGAUCGUGGAGGGUGUACAGUGCGGGACUUCUGUGACCACAUUCACAGGGGGUUGCUCAAGGAUGUGAAGUAUGUACUGUGCUGGGGCAUAAGCGUCAAGCACUACCCGCAGCGCUGUGGCUUGGCGCAUGUUCUGCAAGACGAAGAUGUUGUGCAGAUUGUGAAAAAGAAGGAAACGGAGGAGGAAGGCCGUGGAAGAUUCAAGACACACGUUGACGGACCUGCAAGGAUAGCUGACCGAGUGAAGAAGGCACCUUUGAAACAAUGA